AUGGGUCUUCUAGCUUUGGGAACGGCUCUGGAUUGGCCAGAUGCCAAGCAACAAGCACAUCUCGUUCGCGCCUGGGGCAUUAAGCAACUACUCGAAAUAUGGAACAAGGCCAAGGGCAAGGAGCGCGACGCUAUGCUCUGGGGUGAUGAGAUCGAGUACUUGGUCGUCAACUACUCCAAAGAUGAUUCAAAGGUCCUGCUCUCCCUUCGCCAGGCCGAUAUUCUCAAGGCUUUGGCCGACAGCAAGACUCUCAAGGUAACAGGAGACUGUGCCCCUGGUACCGAGGCUAAUGGAGAUGCCGGGAACGUAACUCUUCCCGUUUUCCAUCCGGAAUUCGGAAGGUUCAUGCUUGAAGCCACCCCCGGAAAGCCAUGGGGCAUCGACUUCAAGGAUUUGUUGACCGUUGAGGCCGACAUGAAGUUGAGGAGGUGCAUUGCGAAGGACCACAUGCUUCCGAACGAGCAUCCCAUCACGCUCACCACCUUCCCCCGAAUCGGCAGCCCAGGAGGGUUCACUGAACCAUCCUAUCCCGUCUCCGGCCCCAAGCUGCGAUCGCAGUUUGUCCCCGACGAAAUCGCCAACCCUCACAUCCGCUUCCCUACCCUUGCUGCCAACAUCCGUUCGCGCCGCGGCCGGAAAGUCCAGGUCAAUGUUCCGGUUUUCAGAGACGAGAACACGCCGUGGCCAUGGAAGGACCCAACCGUCAACUAUGACCUGCACAACUGGCCCGAGGACGAUGAUGUCCGCAACGGUGCCGCUCCCGACAACUUCAUCCACAUGGAUGCCAUGGCUUUUGGCAUGGGCAGCUGUUGUCUGCAGAUUACCUUCCAGGCCAAAAACAUCACCGAAGGCCGGAAGAUGUACGACCAGUUGAGCCCUCUAGGCCCUAUCCUACUUGCGCUCACUGCGGCGACACCGGUGUACAAGGGCUUUCUCGCCGAUACCGAUGUCAGGUGGAACCAAAUCAGCAGGGCUGUGGACGACCGCACACCUGAGGAGAUGGGGGAGAAGCCUCUGAAGAACGAUAGAUGGCGGAUUCCCAAGUCGCGUUAUGCUUCAAACUCAACUUAUAUCUCUACCGAUUCCCGGUUGCGACCCGAGUACAUGGAUCCUAACCUCGUCAUCGACCCCGAGAUUAAGCAGCAGUUGCUCGACGGUGGCAUGGACGACCGUUUGGCUACCCACUUUGCCCAUCUUUUCAUCCGUGAUCCUAUCGUCAUCUUUAACGAGGAUCUCCAGGAGCUCGACCUGACCAAGACGGAUCACUUCGAGAACAUCCAGAGUACUAACUGGCAGCAUAUGCGCUUCAAGCCGCCUCCGGCUGACAACAGCAUUGGUUGGCGUGUGGAGUUCCGGCCGAUGGAGAUCCAAAUUACCGACUUUGAGAAUGCCGCCUUCUCCGUCUUCAUCGUCCUUAUUACCCGUGCCAUCCUCAGUUUUGAUCUCAAUUUCUACAUCCCCAUCGUGAAGGUGGACGAGAAUAUGGAGACUGCGCACGCCCGCAACGCCAAUCUCGAGAAGAAGUUCUGGUUCCGCAAGAACCCAUUCCCCGUCCGCACCACUCGCAGGGGCGGCAGCGGCUCCAGAUCGGCUUCCGGCGCCAGCACACCUAGUGGCGGACCAAGCAGACCCGCCACUCCGCCCCUGGGACCCGUCGAGGACGAAUACAGACUCAUGAGCGUCAACGAGGUCAUCAACGGCACCGCGUACGCCAAGGCGACUUCCAAGGAGGUGACCGAGGAUGCCGAGGAGGGCGAAGAGUUCCCCGGACUUAUUCCUCUGGUGGAAAGCUACCUCGACAGCGUCAACAUGGACGUCGCCACGCGCUGCGGCCUCGCCCGUUACCUCGAUCUCAUCCGCAAGCGCGCGAGCGGAGAGCUCUGGACGGCGGCCAAGUGGAUCCGUGAGUUCAUCGCGAAGCACCCCGAGUACAAGAAGGACAGCGUGGUCUCGGAAGAGGUCACCAAGGAUCUUGUCGGCGCCGUUAUCGCCAUCGGUGAGAGAGAGAAGCGUGGGCUGGGCAUUGAUGAUUUGAUCGGUCAGGUGCCGCAUCUGGAGAAGCUGUUUGGCACCUUCCUCAAGGGUAAGAGCCCUUGUGGCGGCGCUGGCCAGGCAGCUUUGGAACAGGAGUUGAAGGAUGACGACACCAAGGUGAACGGCGUGAAGAGGAAGUUUGAAGGGGAAGAGUAG